ACGACUUUUAACUUUUUGAGCUAAUGGAUCUCAGAGCCAGAGGGCGAAAAAAAUCUCGUUUGGCUUCUCUAGUCGCAGAGAGCGAAAACGGAUUAAUUGGAUUGAAUUGAAUUGAGCAGGAAGAGAAAAGAUAACCAGCUCGCGUCAGAAUGGCUACCGUUUCCAGCUUCCCGACAUCGCGGAAGGUGUAAAUCGGAAUUUAUGCUUCAAAUUUUCUGCAGAAAGAAGGACAAAGAGAGAGGAGGGCAAAAAAAUUUUCCUUACAAAGUUAUCGAAAUUACCCCUCCGCCGAAGAGCCUCGGCAUUCGUUGCUUUCCCCCGAACCUGCAGUGUGGGGAGAGUGUGACGAUCGAAGGGCGAGGGUAUACGAUAUCGGCGGUGACGCACCGGUAUCAGCUUCGGAGAGGGAAGUAUGAACCCAGUGAGCAAAGGCUUGAUGUCUUGUCCACUGGAAGAUACAUUCUCAACUUGUAUUUGGAGAAUUUGCUUCAACAAUCUUGAACCUCUAUGUAUGUAUGUAUGUAUGUAUGUACAUUUUUAUUUGUAUGUCUAUCGUGUGCCAUUUGGCUUUCUCACUAGAUUUUUAUUUUAAUUAAUGGAUUUUCAGUUACCAACUAAAUAAUUCUCCUGUCUAUUAAGAAACAAGUAAAUAUCUCAUCUCUUGGCGUGCAAGGAACAUUUUGUCCGCUA